GUUCCGUGACAGGACGUGCGAGGAUUCCGCUGCUGUCAACAGCGGUUCCCUCUUGCUAGCUAGGCUCUCCAUCUCCCCCUUUGUCCUGCUAUAAAAGGAGCCGCAAAUCCAACCGAACCGAAGAGUGAAGACAUAUAGUUGCUCCUUGCUCUGGUUAGUUAAAAAGCUAGCUAGCCAGAAGGUUGCAAGAAAUUAGUUGAGUUGCUUGUCCAGCUCGACCGUGUGCGUAGAUAGAUCAGAUAGGUAUAGGGAGGGUGGUUAGUCGGUUGCAUAAAGAAUCAUUGGCAGAGAGGGAUGGGGCUGCGGGAGAUAGAGUCCACAUUGCCGCCGGGGUUCAGGUUCUACCCCAGCGACGAGGAGCUGGUGUGCCACUACCUCUACAAGAAGGUGGCCAACGAGCGUGCCGCGCAGGGGACUUUAGUGGAGGUCGACCUCCACGCGCGCGAACCAUGGGAGCUUCCAGACGAGGCCAAGCUGACGGCGAGCGAGUGGUACUUCUUCAGCUUCAGAGACCGCAAGUAUGCCACAGGGUCGCGCACGAACCGCGCCACCAAGACCGGCUACUGGAAGGCUACGGGCAAGGACCGCGAGGUGCGCAACCUGACCACACGCGCCGUCGUCGGCAUGAGGAAGACGCUGGUGUUCUACCAGGGACGCGCCCCCAACGGCGUCAAGUCCUGCUGGGUCAUGCACGAAUUCCGUCUCGACUCGCCGCAUACGCCACCAAAGGAGGACUGGGUGCUCUGCAGGGUGUUCCAGAAACGGAAAGACAACGAGCAGGACAACGCCGACCCCUCCUCGCCGACCUUCGCCGGCUCGUCCCAGGCAGUGGUUCUGACGGACCUGCCCAUGAUGGACGCGUACAAUGACCAGACAGGCUCGUCCGUUGGCUUCGCACAGCAGCAGGAGAACGUGGGCGGCACGAACCCAUUGCUGAAUGCAGCGAUCUGGCAAUACAGCUCGGUCCUUGAUCACUUCCCCCUGCAGGAAGUGAGCAGCUCGCCGAUGAUGGGACUAGGCUCCAGGGGAGUAGGAGAUGGGUGCGGCUUCUUCAGCAACACCGGCUUCGAGGACAUGGCGAACACUGGGGCCAUAGGAUUCCCGCAGGGGUGGAUGGGCUGAUGCAUGCAUGGAUGUCAAACGUACGUGCAGUAAUGGGAUUGUGCGUUGUGAAGAAAAUGAUUGAAUUAAUUAUUUAAUUCCAUUGGUACUAGCUAGCUACUGUAUAUAGGUAGCGUGGAUUUAGAUUUGAAAUUAAUAGAGUGCACUCCGCAAAAAAAGUAGUUUGUAUGUGCAUGAUAUAGAUGGUUUGGUUCACCUGAAUGAUGCAAAUUGUGAAGGAAAAAUAUUUAUCGCUCCA